GGAGAAAGGUGAAGAAGGAUAGGGAGGGAAAUAUGCAUAAAAAAGUGUAAAAUUAAAAAGGUGGUUCUCGUAUUAAAUAGGUGGACCGGUUCAACAGUGCUUUUAAUCUCUCUCACUCAUACGCCGUUUUCUCGAGCUGUAUUCCUACAUUCCUAGUCUUUAGCAUCCCUUCAAUGUAUCGAUGUUCACGGUGCUUGGGAGGCCUUUAUCACCUUAGUGAUCUCCUCCGUAGCCGGGUUCGUGAUCUCCGUAUAGAGCUUUCGCAGAAAAAGGCCGCGGGCGCGUCGCCUUUGCGGGUGCUCGACCUCGAAAACCAGCUUGUCAUCGAGCUCGGCCGUAGUGCUCGGCCGGAGGAGCGCACGGAGGCGUUGCGGAGCGCGGAGGAGGUGUGGCGGCGGCUGGAGGAUCCCCGCACCCCCCUCGCGGCGCCCUCACGCACGGCGAUGCGGGUGAUGCUCUGCACGACAAUGCGGCGUUGCGCGUUGCUGGCAAAGCAUCGCGAGGCGGCGGAGGUGUGGACGGCCCGUUUUGCACAACGCGCGGCGCGUCUUCAGCCGCAGGAUUUCAUCCAAGACGGGGAGGAGAUGCGGGGGUGGGAAAAAACGCCGACGCCGACGACGGCGAAGUCGACUUCCCCGCUUUCCCCUUCCUCUUCACAGCUGCGUGCCCAGUUCGGCACCAGCCUUACGGAGGAGGAUAUCGACGAAAGCGCGCAAAGGGGGGAUGUAGGGGCCUCUCCAAACGAGGAGGGAGAGAAUGAUGCGCAUCCGAAGCGACGGGAGCUUUCUCCGAUGCAGAAAUACCGACAAGAUUUGGUCCUGAGCCAUCCGAUGAUUGGGAUUGUCUUCAAAGGUCGCCAAGGGCCCGGACCACGCUACACCGGGUGA